AGAGGUGAUGUCUAAACUUUGGUUCAUUUUACAAAAUGCUUUUUGUUUUAGCGUUAGUUUUGCUGGUUUGCUCGGGUCAUGCUAAACGGGGCUUCUACAUAGACUGGGAGAACGACAGGUUUGUAAAGGACGGAGAGAGUUUCCAGUAUGUUUCAGCAGGAAUGCAUUACUUCCGCAUACCACACCAGUACUGGCAACACCGGAUAUCCGCUGCUAAAUCUGCUGGUUUAAACGCUGUCCAGACCUACGUGGCAUGGAAUGUCCAUGAGCCCCAACCUGGACACUACAACUUUGAAGGAGAUUUCGAUAUCGUCAAGUUCAUUAAACUGGUGCAGGCUGCAGAUAUGGCGCUGAUCCUCAGAGUAGGUCCGUACAUCUGUGCGGAGUGGAACUUCGGGGGUCUUCCUCCCUGGCUCCUGGGACGUACAUCUCAAGUGCGGACGACAGAUAAACAGUACCUGUUAGCGGUUAACCAGUGGUUGGAAGUGCUGGCACCUAAAAUAAAACCUCUACUCUACGCAAACGGAGGUCCAGUGAUCAUGAUACAGGUGGAGAACGAGUAUGGUUCAUUCGGCUGUGAUCAUGAUUACAUCAGUCUUAUGACAACCUUCUUCCAACAAUAUUUCGGAAAAGAUAUCAUCUACUUUACAACGGACGGACCAGGAGGGUACAAAUGUGGCUCCCUGCAGGGCACUGAGCCCCUCUUUACCACUAUUGAUUUCGGGGUGGGUUCUGACGGAGCAGCCGAGUUCCGGAAACUGCGCAAGUUCCAACCUGACGGACCCAGCGUUAACUCAGAGUUUUACACCGGCUGGCUGGAUCACUGGCAGCACAAACAUUCCACCAGAUCUGCUGAGAAACUGGGAGUGUCUCUGGACAAGCUGGUGGGUCUGAAGGCCAGCGUGAACCUGUACAUGUGGCACGGAGGCAGCAACUUCGGCUUGUGGAGCGGGGCACAGAACAGAGGCGGACUCAUCGCUAAUCCAACCAGCUAUGAUUACGAUGCUCCACAGUCAGAAUGGGGCGACGUGAAAUUGGAUAAAUACUGGGCAAUAAGGAACGUUACAGAGAAGUACUUCCCGGGAAACAAGAUGCCGGUACCAGAGGACUCUAAGAAAUUGGGAGGUAUACCCCUCAAGCUCACAUUAGCAGGAAUACUGACUAUUCAGAUCGGACCAGAUACGCUGGUGAAGAAGUCCCCACUUCCCCACACAAUGGAGCAGCUAGGUGUGUUUGAAGGUAUUUUAGCGUACGAGCACGAGGUUACUCCGGGGCAACCUCUCAUAGAUGUGGAACUGGAGAUACUGGGGGUUCACGACCGCGCUUAUGUUCUCACCGACGGGAGCUUUGUUCAGGUGGUAAGGAGAGAGGAGGAGGUUAAGUUCAAUAUAACCGCUCACAAAACAAUUACUAUUAUGGUGGAGAAUAUGGGUUAUAUCGGCUUCAGUAAAGCAAUGCUGGACUACAGCGCAGAGUACAAAGGGCUAAAGAAUGUAACAGUUAACGGUUGCAUCUGGACACACUGGAACCACUACAAAAUAAACGUAACUGACACCUCCAGAACAACGGAUCACAUUUCUUCUGUUUAUCCUUAUAAGGCGAAAAGCUGGAAAGGGAAAACGUUGCUACCAAAAGGACCGGCAGUUUUCAGCGGUGAAUUUGUUUUGGAAAAAAGUCAACUGCUGGAUACAUUUGUCAAUAUAACGAGGAGUUGGAGUAAAGGCUACCUCCUUGUGAACCGUAUCCUGAUAGGACGGUACUGGCCUGAUGCCGGACCACAAUACACUCUAUAUUUACCCGGAGUUUGGUUGAAGGAAGGAAUCAACACGAUAAGUUUAGUAGAACUACAGAGUUACAUGCCCGCUGAGAACAGUAUCUACCUGACUGACAAACCUUUUAUUGAUGGCCCAAUCAACCCAGAUGCUUAAUUGUAUUGGACUGUCUUUUGGUUUAGAGAGAAUCUGAAUAUUAACAGGACCAGUUAUAGCCAUAAGUUAAUAAUAUUAUUAUUAUUAUAUUUCAGUUGAAUAGUACCGAGAAUGAAAUUAUCGGUCGCUUGCUUUUCCCUUUCACAUUUCAUUCACGGCUUACAAAUUGUAAUAAGUUUCGAUUUAUAACAUGUAAUCUAUUGCAAUUGUAAAUGAAUGGGGAAAGCGAGCGACCAAUUUUACUCUCGGUAUCAUUUUGCAUUUGAUUACGGUCAUUCAAAUUGAUAUCAUUGCCUUUUGUUUGGGAAAGAGAGACACUGGCAGCG